AUGCGAAGAUCAAGAAAUACAGCAGGACGACAAGUCAUUACGACAGACAUUCCCUAUGUUACCGUAUUUGCUGGCAUUCCUGACACUUAUGCUAAUCUUUUCUACAAAAGCCAUUAUGCGUUUUACUACAUUUACGAAUAUAUUUCCAAGGAGUUCGAGUGGUACAUGAAGAAAAGUGUAUUUCUUGAGGCUGACGACGACACCUAUAUAAUCGUAGAGCAUCUCAAACGCUAUCUGUCCACCCUCAAUCCCAAUAAACCGUAUUACCUUGGACAUCUCAGGAAACGCAUCCUGAAACACGGCUAUAACUCUGGAGGUGCCUAUAUACUUUCAAAAGCGGCUCUCAAAUUGUACAACGAAUUAGCGUACCAGAACAAAACAAAAUGUCCUGAUGCGAAAAACGAGGACGUGGGCAUAGGCAGCAUGGAUAUCUACCCUCAUGAUACAAGGAAUAGCAAAGGACAGAAUAGAUUCAACUCCUUCACACCAAGCGACAUCUUUCAUUCGACAGGUACUCCUCUUGAUCGAAUAAAUUACGGAGAGAAGAAGGGAUACGAAGCAUUCGCCAGCGAUCUUAUCAGCUUCCAUCAUUUGACACCGGACGAUAUGCGUUUAUUCGACAUACUUUUGUAUAGGUUAGAUAAACCAUGA